AACUAAAUGAAGAAGAACUUAACAAGACAAACAAAUAAAGAAAGGGAUUUAAGAAAAGUCAAUUUUCCUUUCUCGCUCUCUUCAAAUUCAAUUAUUCACUUCUUUACACACAACACAACAAAUCAGAAACGACACCGUUUUCACAUUUUUUUGUAGCUUAGUGAAUAGAAAAAAUGGAACACGACACUAGGAUUUCCGUGGCAGACGAAACAAAGGCUUAUGGCACAUUAAGAAAUUAUUCAUCAGUUUUCUCGGACAUUCCAUAAAAAAGAGGUUUCGAUGAACUAUCCAAUCAACCUGUUGGACUCAAUACAGACUGGCAUGAUCAUCCUGAAAUGGAACAAAAUCGUAAAGUUGCUGCUUCAAAGGAGGACUAUAUGAACUUGGAGACAUUGCCUCGCCGUGUGCAAGUUGUAUCAGACUCUUCUAGAGCUCAUGUCACUGGUUAUUAUAGCAUGCUAAAAGAGGGACAAUCUGUCCCUUCUACUGUUCGUGAUCUGCCUUGUUUUCCUGAUGACCUUUCAUCAAUCCCCCCAGUUGCUAAUAUGGAUGUGCGUAGUAACUUACCUGUUUAUGGUGGUGAAAGCUAUUUGGAUGCUAACACCAGAUCUAUUAACAACUAUUUUCCUCAUCAACACACAAAUAAUUGUGAUACCGACAUACUACAACCUACCAAAAGAAAAAAAAUGAUUUAUGGAUUUUCCAAUCCUUUUCCUGGCUGGAAGUCUUGUUAUCUACCACAAAUGCUGGAUUUUCAGAAGAGCUCUAUUGUAAGACAUGGUGUUAAUGAUGUCUUGGCUGGUAAUAACAAACAAUGGAAUAACCAGUUAGUUCAACCUUAUUCCUCUCAAACACCUUCGGAAGUGCCACAGCAGUCACAAUUUCCCCCCUUCUCUUCUAUCACUUUAGCGAGCAAUGGGGAAGAACUUACAAAUCCGAUGUUUCAUUCUUCGGGAAUCAGAGGGAUAAACAACAAUGAGGCAAGUGAUACACUUGAACAGAUCUUAAAGGAGCCAAGCCUUGAAAGCGAUGAUGUGAUGGAAAUCAGCUCAAAGGAAUUUGUCUUUAGUUUGAAACCCAGGAAGCGUACUCUCGACAUGGAUCCUUUUUCUAUUGGUGGAGAGAUUAUGCAGCUCUCAGCUGAAUUCGACCGUGGCAUUACAUUGAACUCCAACCUUCCUAAUCUCACCGAAGAUGUUUUUCCUAUUGAUGGAGAAGGUAUACAAGACACAACUGAGUUCAGGACAAAUGCCAAUAAGAAAGUUGAUGAGCCAACAAAUACUAAGUCCUCAAAUUCUAUAGUUAAUGAAAUAGAUAGCGACAAAUCAAUGGAAAUUGACAUUGGAUCGAAUUCCAUUAUGCACACUCUCAUAAGCAAGGCUCCUAUUCCUAUUGAUGUAGAGGACAAACAUGACAUAACUGGAUUCAACCAAGAGGAGAAAGUUGUUAAAAGGAAAGUCAGUAAGCCUAAAGUUGAUCAAGCGAAACAAUUUAAAUCCUCAAAUACAACCGUUGAUGUUAUUUCCUUGAUUGAUUUUUUCACACAUGAUCAAAUAACAGAACAUAUUAAUAGUCUGAGAAAAGAACCUCUUAAGAUUACAGCUGAAGAUGGAACAGGAAAUGAUGCAAACACAUGCCAAUUAUGUGAAAGGGAAAAGCUUUACUUUGCACCGGUACCGAUUUUUUGUAUAUGUUGUGGCAUUUCCAUCGGGAGAAGAAAAAUAUAUUUCUGUAGAAAAGAUGUGGGAUUUGAUGCAGAGCGUUGCUUUUGCUCUUCCUGUUAUAAUGCAUCUAAAGUCGGGUACAUUGCAUUUAGGGCGACAUUUGUUUCUAAGGCAAAUCUUGAAAAAAAGACAAAUGAUGAAGUACUUGAAGAACCGUGGGUUGAAUGCAAUAAAUGCAAAAGAUGGCAGCAUCAAGUAUGUGCACUCUACAACAACAAAAAAGAUUUGGACUGCAAUGUUGAGUAUAUAUGUGCUGUAUGCCGCUUAAGAGAAAUUGAAAAUGGAGUGCAUUCCAAGCUUCUUGAAGCGGCAAAUUAUGGUGCUAAGGACUUACCACGCACCAUGCUUAGUGACCAUUUAGAGAAGAGACUUUUUAAGCGUCUCAUGGAAGUGAGAGUAGAUGGGGAAAAAGUUAAAGGAAGUGAGAAUCUUGAUAAGGUUUUAGCAGCAGAAAGUAUUUCUAUUAGAGAAGUGUUAUCUAUCGACAAACAAUUGAAAGUGAAGAAGCUGUUUCUUGAUAUCAUCCCAGAAAAGAAUUAUCCGGCUGAAUUCUCUUAUAGAUCAAGAGUGAUACUUCUAUUUCAGAAGAUUGAUGGAGUAGAUAUAUGCAUUUUUGGACUGUACGUCCAGGAGUUUGGCUCUGAAUGUGGCAAUCCGAAUCAGCGCUGUGUGUAUAUUUCAUAUCUUGAUUCUGUUAAAUAUUUUAGGCCUGAAAGAGUGAUUGUGGAAGGAGGAGCACUUCGUACCUUCGUUUACCAUGAGAUAUUGGUUGGAUACCUUGAUUUUUGUAAGAAAAGGGGUUUCUCCACUUGCCACAUAUGGGCACGUCCUCCUUCCAAAAGGGAUGUUUAUAUACUAUAUUGUCAUCCGAAAGAGCAAAAGACUCCAAACAAGGAUAAGCUACUCUCUUGGUAUCUUUCAAUGCUAAAAAAGGCUACAGAAGAAAAAAUUGUUGUUGGUUUAACUAACAUAUAUGAUCAUUUCUUUGUUCCUACUGAAAAAGAGGGCUCCAAAGUGACGAUUUCUCGUUUGCCAUACUUUGAUGGAGACUUUUGGUGUGGUUCUGCUAUGGAAAAAGUGUGGCCCAUUGAAAAAGAGAGCAGAGGAGACUAUGAAAAUAUGUUGAAGAAACAAGUGUCAACUAGAGCUUUGAAGACCAUGGGACAUGUCAAUCCUUCGAAAGACGCUGCUAAAGACAUUUUAGUGAUGCGAAAAUUGGGUCAAGAAAUAUUGCCUACCAAGGAAAAUUUCAUUGUAGUUCACUUACAGUAUUCAUGCAUACACUGCUGUGAAGUGAUAACGUCUGGGAAGCGGUGGUUUUGCACUGAAUGCAAGAAAUUUCAGGAGUGUGAAAGUUGCCAUAGUUCAAAUGAACACACCUUAAAGAACGGAGAAGUGCAUCCACUUUGUCAGGCCGUUGUUGAUGAUAUCCCCUCCAGCACUAAGCAUAAUGAUACCAUCCUUGAGAAUGGAUUAUUUGAAGAUAGAAUCAACUUUUUGAGCUUCUGCCAGAAGUAUCAGCUUCAGUUUGACACACUCCGACGUGCUAAGUAUUCUUCAAUGAUGAUCCUCUACCAUCUAAGCAAUCCUAGUCUUAUGACUUCUGGAAAAUGUUGUAGUAUUUGUUGUGCACACAAUGUGUUUCAAAAGUGCUGGAAAUGUGAGGUUUGUCCGGAUUGGGACAUUUGCUCUGCAUGCUAUAAGGAUAGAGGUCCUAACUCCCAUGAACACGAGUUAACUCUAAAUGAAGACAAUUCAACUCAAAAUAUGCACAAGUCAACUCAAAAUGUGCACAAGUUGGCUGAAAAUGAUUCAACAUCACAAUCUGAUAAUCAAGAGUCUAAUGGGAAACUGGUAUGGACUUGAUUCUUUGGAUUUAUUGUUUGGUUGUAAACGAUUAGUACUAAUUGAAAAACAUUAGAUUAUAUG